AUGGAUUCUAAGAUCACAUCAGCAGAUCUACUACACACGAUUUCUUCUUGUCUGCAUCACACAAGUCCUGAGUCCUCACGCAACUUGCAGAUUCUUCUGAGACAACACCACUCGACGUUUUUGGAUCCCUUAUAUAAGCAGCCAUGUAGUCCAGACGACAGAAAGACGGUGUUAUCGAGGGAGUUUGAAAUUCAUGGGACAAGGCGUAGACUAUCAGAAGAUUUCUCGCGCCGAGCCAUAAUGCUAUCAGACAACUUGCAGCUGAAUGAAAUCUCAUGCGUACAGCUGCUUUGGCGCGCUUGCGAAACUCAGCAGCGCCAUAUUGGCACGACGAUACAGGAGAUCGCCGAGUAUAUUUUUUACAAAGAAAGGUUGUCGGUUUUGCUUUCUCUCUUGAUGUUGUUCGGCGCUAGAAACAACGCCUCGAUUGAUUCAGACGUCUCAAGCCUGGUGAACAAGUUCACGGACGAACUGCUGUCGGAGGGACUAGUCAAGAAGUUGAUUGAACUGAUACGCGAGCGAGCGUCACUAGAAGAAGAAGAGGCGGCCCAGUUGGGCAAUGACACAUUGACUCUAAACACACCGAGCGAACCUAGUUCUAACGAGAAGUGGAUUUACAAGCGCAAAGAGCGGCAAUGUCUGACCGAGAUUCUGCUCUACAUCGCUUAUCAAACUACGAUACAAUCUGAAGAUAUACUGCUUAUUCUGGAUCUGGCUAGAGAAGUGUCUAUCAGAUGUGGGAACUCGUGGAUUGUACAGAUAGCGGAAAACAGCAACAUGGCGCACUCACUCUUACAGGUUAAUUACUGCUUGUUGGCAGUGCUCGUUUGCGUCUUGGACGUUUGUUCUGAGCACGAUUUGGUCAAUCCGAAAACAGGCGAGAGGAGGUCCAAUAGCUUUUUAGAGAACCAAGAUUUUGUCAAUUUUAACAAAAAACUUUUAAGCAAAUGGAAGGCGGACGGUCAUGCCCCGGAAUCGCACCAAUAUUUGAUACAGCCCAUCAUCGUAAUGUCUUGGGCCUUAUUUCUGAAGAAGCAUGCCACGAGGAGGUACCAGGGAGGCUUUCGAGCUAUGGAGGCGUACGCUUCGAGCGACGCCGAAUCUUCCGUUCUGAAUUCGCUUUUGAAGGAGGACUACAUCGAUUCGCUGGUGACGAGGGCCAUUGGCGAAAACUUUAGCGAGGCGCUGACGAAAAUCAUCGAGCACCCUAUAUUUUCCGGAGAUAAGGACAAGCACGUCUAUUUAGAAAUUUUUGAUGAGUUGAUUCGCUCGUUCUUGGACGUUUUCAGCGGAAAGGUCAGAGAAAUCAAGAACGAAGAGGAGGAAGGGCUUCGCUCUCAGGAGGCCUACCUGCAAUACAACGUGGGUCCCAAGCCAAUGUCGGUUCCCAGAUAUUUUGGGCAAUUUUUGAAGCUGAUUUCAGCGUUGUACGACGAGCAGCCGUCUUUGGCGAUUCGGUUUUGGGACAAGACAAAUUAUCCAAACUUGUCUCAGUUUGUGCGCAUGUCUGCGGACAACCUGUUCGAGGCGAAUUUCGUGGCCUACAUGAGCAUGCUGUGUUCGUUGGCGUCCGGGGAAUACUGCGCGCAGAUGGCCUUUUGCUUUUUGGAAGACUCUUCCAGAAAAUACAUCAAUUGGAAUCACUUUUUUCGAGCGCUCGACAAGUAUUUUUUGGAAUAUCAGGAACCAGCGUAUGAGGGAUCCGGAUACUACGACCACAGAAGAUACGUCGGGCAAACGGGCGCGUCGAGGACUAUCAGACCGGAAGAAGUCGGAGCGCUGGAAGCCAUAUUGAAGAUGAUGCAGAAGGUGUUAAAGUGGAGCGCCCAAGUUCGAAAAAUAAUUUUGGACAACCCGGAGUGGCGCGUUUUGCAAGUUCUCUUCCAGCUGUUGACCUGCCCUAUUGAUCCGGGGCUGAAGGCGCACCUCAUCCGGACUAUUACGCAGUUCGCCCGAGACGCAAACGUUCAACCGCGUAUUUGGCAGUAUAUGAACGCGCUCCAAAUCCUGCCCUCAAACAGCAUCACGUCGUCGCCGCUCAACGAAAACUUAUACAACCAAAGGACGAAUACGGCCGUGAAGCCGGGAAGCGUGUUCGGUUCCAAGAACACAACGCUCAUAGGCAGCAUCCGGUUUGAGCUUCUGGAAAUCGAAUCGGAAAGGAAAGAAUAUCCUUACACAAUUGCGUUUCUAGACCUUCUCAACAUGCUGUUGACGGAUCACUAUUACGGUAACCACGACACGCUGGCGGACAUCGACCUCUGGUCGUACGUCGAUUUCGUGAUUCACGACGUGUUUGAGAGGUUUAAUCAGCGAGGGUACAAGGACCUCAAGGACCAAUGGAGCAUGGCGCGCCCGUCUCUCCGAAUCUUGCUGGCGGUCCUUCGGGACGCGGUAAAUCUUUUUUGCUUCGAAGAAUUCGGCGAAAUGAAGAGGAAGAGUGUGACGGGCGGCCACAUCGAGACCACGAAUUUGGAGCCCCACCACCACAGUUCGACGUUCAAUCCGGAGAUUCGAUACGGCGUCACUUGCCUUCGUCUUUUCGGCUAUUUUCUUCAAAAGUCCUCUCUUUUGAAAAAGCUAAUUACCAUUAUCGUCUACGGCCACGAACACCUCGCCAAUAGGGUGUUUGCCGGGUCGGGCACGGACUUCGAGGCGUCCAUUCGCUACUGCCUGCUAAUUAUAGAAACAGUUUUGUUGUACCAGGACUACUUUCUCGCGCCAAACGUCUCUUCGCAGCUAUCGGCCGGGCUUGACCAGAAGCCGGAAGACGGCAACCAGGUUCUGUUCGAGCGCAUUGACGAGACGCAGCGGGUCAUGCUGACGCCCCUGCACGAGCUACUCUUGAGCGAGCUCAGUGGGAUUUCCGCGAUCGCCAUGUACAUUGCCUAUCCGCACGACGAGACCAUCAGCAGGCUGUCGGUCUCCAUUAUUCACCUGCUGUCUCGUCCGACUUCCAUGUCGUCGAAGCUCGUCCGAGUGAUCACGAGGCAGGGCAUCUUGACCAACUGGAUCGCCGGAUACGUUGAAAAGUUGGAACAGGAAGACCGGUCCUACGAGGACGAACUCGCUCAGGUGGAAAUCGAGAACAGAGGCGCGCACGCGGACGACAAGUACUACUGGACCAAGAAUGCGCCGCCCGUGCGUGAGGCGAUCUUGAACAUGCUGUUGGAGUGCGCGACGCAGCCAGCGCCGAACCUGACACAGCUGCUGAUUGGGAUUUCGCCCACGGAAAUCAUUAGUUGUCGAAACGCCUCGAACAAAGUCAAGGUGAGCGGCAUAGGUCACUCUCUGUCUCACAGUGGUGCGUGGACGACUUCGCAGAGCAGCUUGAAAUCGACUUCCGAGCCAAAUGGCAUUUCCAUUCUGGAAGUGCUCGUGCGGUUGGUGGACCAGCAGCACUCAGCGACGACAUCUCCGAAGUUGGCCUGUCUGGUCCAGCAGUUGAUAUACACGUUGCUGAAGCAGUCGUCCACGCAAUUUCGAGUCACGCGAUUUUUGAGGUCGCAGCAGCAGGACUUCUUUUAUCGACAGCUGGCGGCCACCAACACGUCCUCCAUGCCAGGCCGCACUUCGGUGGAGCAGAAUUUGGAGGAGAGUCAGACUCUGCUGACCAUGCUGAUGGAACAGAGGGGAUGGAUGCUGAAAUCGGUUGCCUUAGAGUUGCACACAACCCACGGCACGCAGCGCUCGUAUACAAUGCGGCUGUUGAACGUUUUGUACUCGCAGCAUCUGGGGGGCGUCGACUCGUCGGCGAAAGAGAGCGAAGAGGGCGAAAGUUACAGUCGCGCCGAGUGGCAGAACGAUUUGUGUGAGAACUUAAUAGAGCAAGAGAGAAUGAAGAUGCACGAAUUUUUGGAUCCUCUGGGACUGUCCAUAUCUGAGCCAGAGCUGACCAUCGAGGGCUUUUUUUAUUACAAGGAAAUUCCCGCGAACGCGUCCGGCGGCGGAAUGGGGGCGGGUUCGGCGGCGCUGAAUUUGAACGUGUUGACGGAGCUAGACGAACGCAGGUUUCCCAAAAUUAACAUGCAGGGAUUGAAGGCGCAGCUGGCGGCGCACCAAGCAAGGCUGGAGUCUUUGUACGCGCUGACGGCGGAUCAGUGCGAAGAGAUGGCGAGGGAAAAGGAGGUCAUUCUCCAACGCGCGACAGCGUGGAACCGCUUUUACCAGAUGUUGGGGGCGCAGUUUCACCUUUUUGAGGGCUGGCAGCAGGUGUUGGAAGUGACCUUGCUCGAGUGCGGUCACUUACUGGGAGACCAGGUCAAAGAGGUGAUGGUGUUCGAAAUUAUCGAGGCGGUUCUGAGCCAUUUCAACAGCAGGUCUGACGUUCACUUGCAGAUUCGCUGGCCGCUGAGUUCGUGUAUUUUGCUGUUGAUGACAGAGCUGAGGCAAGUGCAUACGUUGAACCCCCUGGUUUGGGCGGCGGCAAACGAGAAAAGCUCGAAGACCGUGGACUUGGAAACGAUAGCCGGUCCGACGACAGAGCCCGCCUAUUCGUCAGUGAGCAAAGCCGGGGGAAAGGGGAAUGUAGCGGACUACGAGCGCGUACAUUUUGAAAGGCUGAACGGCGGCGCGGGGCCGGUGCGAAACGGGCUGGCAGACAUGAGCUUCUCCUUGGCGACAGGAGAGGAGAUGUAUCACUCGGUCAUAUCGGUUCAUCAAAUGCUGACGAUAUUUCGCGCGUUGACAACUGCCACGUUGAAGCAAGGAAAUACUUGCGAUAUUCGGUACAAUUUGUACGGUGCAUUGUUGCAUUAUUUUCAGUUCACAUUGAGAGCGACGACCUGGCUGUCUAGCCACGCAAUGUUGGAGACGUCUCCGAUAGCCGGUGACGCGGAGGAGUUGGCGUCGAUCAAGAUGCACGCUCAGAUUUUGCAAAGAGAACGCCAGCUCUAUUCUAGAACUGUCAAGCACCUACACACCGUGAUAGACGCACUACUGGAAGUCAUUGCAACGGACGCAAGUGACGCCCCCGCGCUGCACAAGUCCGUGGCCUACGCGACGUUGGACGCAUUGGCGAGGUAUGAGCAUGGGUGGGCGGGCCAAUCCAGUUACCAGGAACUGAAGCAGGGGCUAUCGAGGUCGAAGGCCGGCGGAAUCAAGUGGAUUUUGCACUUGACCCAGCGAGGGUUUCUGAGGUACUUUUUGGAAGCGAUUAUUUUGGAAGACGACCAGGCUCUAAAACAAAUUUUGACGUCUUCGGCAAUAUCCAUGAGCGCGCUGUACGUGUUCGAAAGCAAAAUGUCGAUGUUGCUGAGCAUAUCGUCCACGCCAACUGGCGCGACGACGUUGAUCGACUUAGGGCUCUUGCAAGUGCUACGGGACUUUCAGUGCAUAGACCAACGACCGGAUGGAUACCAACAGCUUCUAGAAACUGAAAAGCAGAGAGCACGGUUGUACCAGACGAAGGAAGAAGGAAAUUGCCUGCCGGAAAUGAUGGAGCCGAACAAGUCCGUCUAUUCGAUUCACGAAGAAAUUCUGAUGCCAGUUUUGAGGCUUUUAGUGGCGGUUUUAACUCAGCUGCCUAGAAAUUCAAAUAUUGUCUCGCAAGUUAUUCAAUGGCUAGACACACACUCAGAGCUCGUCACGGAACUCUUGAGAGACCAGAGAUUGGUACCGACUGCCCAAUCGCUCCAACAACUUACGCUGAUCACUGGCAUCUUCUACCACCUGUCACCUCAUCGCUCGUUGAUCAGCCAGCGUCUGCAAGCGUACUCCAAAUACCAGCAGCUCCUCCUGAUGCUUCUGGUCAAGUACAUAGGGCCCAGCCACUCAAACGAAGAGCUCAAAGAAGAUGCCUCCACACCUCGCGUACGCUGGAAACAGCUCAAAAACGAGGAAUUCGAUCUUUUGUGUUCAGAUUGGAUCAAAUUAUUAAGAAACCUGAUCGGCAUCUGCCGACGCCUGUCCAUAUGUUCCUUGUCUACCUCUGAAUCAUACGAUCAAUGGAACACUUGGCUACACACUGGACAGUCUAUUGUCCUCAGUAUGCACCACCCGACUGCUGUUCUCUUCUCGCCAUCUAUCACCGCUACGUCGUCUCUCUCUCCGUCCAGCUGGCCCAUGCCCGCCAGCCCGCACCCCUCUGCCUCUCUCCCCAUAGAGCAACCCGUUUCCAGAGACCACCCACCUCUCUUCGUCCUGAUCCUUCACCUGAAAGCGUGUCUGAAUCAAAUUCAGGCCGCGCGCAAAGAAAUCGCCUCAGUCCGCUCGAAACUCGAUAACGCCUCUCAACUGAAAAGCGAAGAGCUGCUGGAAAUCAUUCACGCGUCUUCCUCCACCGUCUGCUCGCUGGGCAUCACCGACCAAGAACUCAUCAACACGGCCACUGACCACUACCCCCUGUUUCAGCUCCAACAAAUCACCCAAUACCUAUUGGGGCUCAAACAGGUCCAGCAACAAUCUAAAAUCUCGCUUCUGUACCACAUUAUCGAGAACGCCCUCCUGAUCUUAUGGAAACACCUGACGCACUAUUUGCAUUGUCACAACGAAGAACAAGUCAAAGAGACGGCCGGCAGCCCAUACAAAAUGCACCAAACGCCCGUAGGACAAGACAUGCUCAUCAACAAAAUAACUUUCGACAAAAAGCAACUGCUCAGGGAGGCCACUUCAUCACUCGAUACGCUGUUCCAUGGACUAGAAAAACUGCCCGUCCUAGCGGAAAGAAAAACACAUAUCAUACCUAUUUGCAUUCGAAGACUGAAAGAUACCCUCAAAAUGCACUAA